AAUCAACUUGUCUUCACAAUGUACAGAUACCUAUCAAACGAAAUUGGAUUCAAAACAACAACAACCUUGAUGAGCUCAUUAAAGAUUGUUGCCAGGGAUUUAACAGACAUUCCAGCAAUUUCUGUUUCCAAACUGAAUCAAGAUGAAGUCAGUCAUGCUAUCGAUAUCCACCAAUUAACUUGGUCACAGAGUGUCGAUACUUCCAAAUUAAUUAGAGAAUAUAAAUUCAAUAGCUUCAAAGAAACAUUCGUCUUUAUGGGUUCUGUUUCAUAAAUAGCCGAUUAGAUUAAACAUUUUCCAAAAUGGACUCAAAAAGGAAGUGUUUUAAGAGUAGAAAUGACAACUCCAGAUUGUUAAGGAGUAACAAUAAAGGAUUUAUUCUUGGCUUAUACAAUGGAUAAGAUAGCUCAUAACAUUUCAAACUAACCUGUUGAGAAUGUAUGUGACAUUGUUAAAAUCCAAUCCACUCAAUUACUAAACACAUGGAAUUCCAAUUAUAGUAGAUAAGAGGAAGUGAAAACAUAGGAGUUCCAAAAGAACAUCCUAUAACUGUGAUUCAUUUAUAUAUAUAUUUACAAUUGCUUUAAGUUACAAUUUAACCCACAU